AUGAUUGCAGUACACCACCACCCCACUGGACUGCUUAAGACAGCUAAAAGUGUUGGAUUUCAAUAUCCUACUACAUUAAGAUUAUUCCACAUCGGUUAUGUUCUAGGCGUAAUAUAUGGAUUCUUGUUCUCACUCAUCUUAACAGCGAGAGAAAACUACUACUCAGAUGCUAGUCUAAUCAGUAGCAUCGUACUUGGAGUUAUCAUCUCUGAGACAGGAUUAUUUAUCAGCUUUUUCUGGGGAGUAUAUACUACGAGUUUUACUGGUUUAGAUCUUGAAGGUCUUUGUUUACCGGAUCCAAGUUCUCUUGUGCUUUUCAUGACCAUCAUGUUAAGUGCAUUAAGUAUAGUGGUAUCCAGCGUAUAUUUGAAAAACCAACAUUUGUAUACAAGCUGUACGAAUAUCAUGACAUUCACUUUGGUAGUCGCCUUCUUAAUGUUAGUCUGUACGGAAUACACGGAUCGGAUUCUUGUUGGCCUGGCACCUGUUUAG